AUGACCAAUUGGCUAUACAAAUUACAAUCGUCGAUGAGCUCUGGUUGCACUUCUCUGCCGGAGUCGAAAGAAACUGAUAACAGUGCUGUGGUGGACCUGGACCGGACAAAUAAAGCUUUGAGAACACUGUUGAAGUGGAGAAUCUUCUGCGCUGACCAUCCGGAAUGUCGGGAACGCUCGGAGCGUCUGCGUAUCGCAAGAUCAACUAUCCAAUACAUUAUUUACGGCUCCCUUCGAUGGAGUGUCAUGCCGAUCCCGAUCCACCAUUGGGCGUCUUGGUCGAAAAUUCACUAG